CAUGAACCUAUUAACCGGCAACGGUAAGUCCCCUCAGACCAGACAAGUUCGCUAGAAACUCAAAGUGCCAGAAAAUAGUGAAAUAUCAAAAUACAGUAAUUACAUUAUUGAUUAUAAAGACCACAGUUUUUGUCAGCAAAGAAGAGAAGAUUCAGAAGAUAAUGGAUUCUUUUGGUUCAAGUGAAGAGAAUAACGUGGUGGAUGACAGAUACCUUCAGUGUCUAAUAGCAGCGAAAAAACGAGGAUAUGUUUUACACAAGAAUCCAACUAGCGCUCAGAAUCGAUGCUUUUAUGAGUGCAUCGCAGAAACCACAGGAAAAACAGUAGAAGAAGUCAUCUAUUCAAUCACGGAAUACAUGUUGCAAAAUCAGUUUGUUCCCAAAAAUGGUAUCGACGACGACGAUGGUGAUGAAGAACCUGAAUUCGAAGACCUGUUGUCCUAUCUAUCCGACGCAGAUUUUCCGCAUUUACCCGGGCGUCCUGAAACAUGGCGUGAAUGCAUCAUAGCUUUGCAGGACCAAAUGGCUAACAGUGUGGUCAUUCGCUCGACAGCAUCCUGCUUUGCCUUGAACAUAAACGUUAUCGAUUGGAAUGAAAACCUGACCGAAAUUGCACCGUUCGACAACAAAGCUGAAACAUCGGUCUUUCUGGCUUACACGGGACUUCAUUACAUGCUUUUGAAACCUGAUCAACCGGAGUUAGGUAAUAUGUAUACUGAUGAAGGUAAUACCCAUUGAACCGUCGCUAGGAGAUUAUUAAUUGGGGGCCGUACAUAAUAUUAAUUGUUAAACUUGUCUUAAAGGCUGUUUACAUGAUCCCGCUCAGCCGAAACGCGAGAUAACUUUGAGGUAUUGAAAUAAGUGUAUAACAUGAUCCUGCAGGCAGUUUUGUAAUCAUUUUGACAAUAGCAUGUGCUUGUUUGGUUUCAUAAAGACCUAUUUCAAUACCUCAAAGUCAUCUCACACUUCGUUUAUUCUCUGCUAAGCGGGACCAUGUAAAAAGUCCCUUACUCCCCACUUAUUUUUUUUGUUAUAUAUAGCCAUUGUUUUAAAUGUUAUAUCAACACAUAAACAUCCAUGAAUGUACAUCCUCCCAAUCAAGCUUCUAGCGACGGCCCUGUUAAACCUUAGUAUUUGCUAAUGUAAUUUUUUGUAUAUUAUUAUCGUCUCUGAGGUUGCUAUAAUACGUUGUGAAACAGAAAUCAGAAUCAAAACAAAUCAGAUCGAUAUAUUAACUGACUCCACGUUAAAAUGCAACCUUAACAGAUGCGUAUGAUCUUCUUAACAUAUUCCAAUCCCAGGAACGUGAAUAUUAAAUGUUAACAAAGCUGUUAUACUUUCUUCUUUUCAGGCAACGACACAAUGAUAUUAAAUAUCUGACAAAUCAAAGAAACACUGCUUUUUGAAAGCUCACAAAACUUAUCUGACGUGUGUUGAACACACGAAAUGAAGUAGCUAUAAUAUAACGACGAAUGUCGAUCUGUUUCCGUUUUGGAUCAAUCCUUUCUACUGUGAGUAAUUUUUUUACUUACAAUUUUUAGAAUUAGACAACGUUGAUGGGGCUCAGCCACUACCUUUAACUGGUUUGGAAGAGUUUCAGUCAAUACACCUUGAAGAGGAUGAUAGAAAAUUCGCAGUUUUGGAACUCCAAUUUUCGCGUCUUAACAUUCCGGACGAUUUGAACGACAUAGUAAUAGAAAAUGCGUCACUGAAGAAGGAAAGAGACGAACUGAAAAGAGAAAACGAGUACCUGAGAAGAAGGUUGCAGUAUUAUGAGAACGUUCCACAUGAAAUGGAAGGAUUCAAAAGCCCAUUCAACUGCGCUGUGUCAUGUGGUUUAAGUUGCGUCUUGUUCGUUUUCUU